AUGCCUGCCCGAACGAACGGUAGCGUGGCCACCGCGCCAGCGCCAGCCAAGACUUUCGAGCUCCCAGCUCUCGACUUCAACUUCUCGUCGCUCACCGAGGGCACCAACAUCCCAGCUCCUCUGCCCUCCCCGAUCCAAGAAGAGCCCGCCUUGCCCAAGACGCCGACCAAGCAGGAGGAGAAGGAGAACACCAAGCCGACGACCUCCUCGAACGGAGAGCAUCCUGAUGCCACAUCUCCUGACUCGACCGGUGCCAAGGGCGGCGUGAAGCGCCCAGCCGACGACAUUCCCGCCUCUCCGACGCACUCACACCGACAGGGCAGCAUCCGCCGGCUGUUCAGCAGGAAUAUGCUCAACUCGGCGUAUGCGAGUGGAGAGGCCGACUCACAAGCGGCGCCCAGCAUUGACGUCAGCACCACCAGGCCAGCAAGCCGGAGCAACGGUAGCUUCAUGGAUGACAGGAAAUCAAAGAGGAGUAGCGGAUGGUUCAGGAGACUCCGAGGCGGCGACACAUCCCCACCGCCCAGCAGCAGCGGCUCCAACAAGAGGUCGAGCACGUUAAUCCAGGAAGUGAGGAAGCCUGCUGGCCCACCACCCCCAAUGAUACCAGAACUGUCCGAUCUCGAGGCCAAGAUCGACCUCGACGACGGAGGCAGCCUCGGUAGCGAUCUUUUCAAGAACAUAAAAUAA